GUAGUGAGCGCGGCAUUCUGUCAUCUGCUUUGCCGUAUCUGACCUGCACAUGUAUAAUCACCGAAGGCCUGAACUAAGCGCGGAGGAACAGGCCUGAAGGAUCAAAUAGUAAGCGGGGGUUAUCGGGGCUCAAUGACAAGCAUAGGAGCAUCGCAGCAAGCAUUCGAAGGCCCACAUACAUACGAUUCAAAUCCCUUGCCCUCCGCUCGGAGGAGAUUUUAUUAUGCUUGGCCAGGCAGAGGACCAGAACGGUGGCGCACGCGAGUAUGACCACGGCUGGAAUGUGUCAUGACCCAGCGAGAUGAAGAGUAAACAACGACAGGCUUGCCGGCCAAUUGCGCUCCCAAUUGCGUCUCACAUGAGUGUCUCACACGAUGGACGAUUGCCAGGUGUUAUUAGGAUCAUACCCGUAUAAUAUCUCAGCAUGCACGUUUUCUCUUCAUCGAACAUGGGCCAUGGACCUCUCCUCGUGUAUCGCUGCUUCGCGCGAUGCUUUUCUCCUAGCAUUGGCUGGGGAUGCAAAGCCAUCAUCACCAAGCGGAAACGCCGUCGCCACCAUCAUGGACCCCAGCAAGCUGACCGAACUGACCCUCCUAUCCAAGUACAUUGUCGAAACGUACGCGGCCGCUCCGCUGGCACAACAACCACACCUGGCCGUCGACCAGGAUGGCAAGCCCGCCGCCGGGCUCACGCUCGUAUCCAAGUUCUACCCCGUGGACGCUGCUAGCGGCGGCGGGAGCAGCAGCCUCGACGGCAGCUCCGUGACCCAUACCGUGGCCAAUUACUCGUACCCGCGAAACGACAGCGCCGCCGCGUAUACGACCGAUCGGCCGUCGACGGGCAAGUCGGCCAGGUCCUCGGUGGGGUCUAAUGGGUCGUCACCGGGCCUCACUGAUGAUCGUACGAUAUCCGAGGUGUCCUUCGACGACGACUAUCAAUGCCAUACAUAUACCUCGCGGCUUUGGGACAGUUUCUGGACCCAAGAAGCUUUGCAGCAAUCCAUGCAACAGCCUGGGAUGCCAUCCAAGAACCACUACCCAGACACGAUCCCACCGCUCAACCCAUCUCGUCGACAACUGUCUCCGGAAAACCAGGGGCAGCCGUGGCCAUUGCCGGGACGCGAGCACUGGGGACGCCAGAUGUAUCCUCCACCCUUUCGCCCGCCGCCGCCGCGAACAGAGUCGCCGAGUGUGUACUCAGAUACCCCCGCCCGCUUAUCCCCCGAAACUACGUCAAGCGAAGCGGCUUUCCGAAAUCACCGGCCGCCGCCGCCGCCACCGCAGGCAGCCUUACGAUCAGUCCGCCCUCCUCGACCAAACCAGGGCGUUGUUGCUCAUCAGGGGCCGUAUCGCUCUGCUGCCAGCCAAGGGCGCAGUGUUCCCAUGGGACCCUCCACAGCCAAAAGCGUACCUCUAGUCCCGCCUUUGGCGAUGAAGGCGAGGCCCCUGCAGCUCACAGCACAACAGGCGAAGCGGCCGCCUGAUGCUCGUCCUAGCCCACUCCACGCCCCGAAACCGAGUAUGUACAAUAUGGCAACAUCGUCGUGCACCAGGCUCCCGGCAGCCGGCGUCAACGCCCCUACCCCGCGUCGCCCACGUCAACACAGGUCCAUGACCGACCUCCUCAACCGCCCUUUGCCCCCUCUGCCCGAACCCACCCCAGAGCCGCAAUCGGUGUUCGAGGACGACUCGUCCGACGAGGACCGAGAUAGUGACCAGCAACGUUCCUUUCACCUCUUUCACGGACGCUCUUCCAGCGACCAUCGCCGCCCAUCUAAAAGCCCGACGUCGAAUUCAACAAAACAAGGGAAUCGUACUCUUCCUCGGGCUCCGGCUCCGCCUCGGGUGCCGCCCAAGUGGCAGCAGCAGCAGCAGCAGCCGCAGCCGAAUUGCCAUUGCAAGAAGCCAUCUUUUGAGUGGAAGCGACAGGACUCCAACGUGUUUGGCCGAGUGUUUGGACAACGCCACGGAUGACAGUCAGUACCGAGGCGCUAAGCGGGCCGCCACUCCCACGGCGCUCCUCGUUGUUUACAGGGAUAUAUGGAGUAUCUUCUUGGGUCAUAUUUCAUGCUUUUGCACUUCCAGUUAUUUACUUCCAUCCUUUCUCUUCCGUCAUCAUGGGAAGUAUAGAGCUUUAAGCGGGCAUUGUUUGGCGCAUUGAAAUUCGGCAAACUUGAGACAUUCGACGGGCCUGGAUCGAGAACCUAUUAAAGUAUCAAGUAUGUACUGCCUGCUGAGAAAACACGGUGACAGUGCUGUCUGCAGGGCGAUACGCAGCAGCACGGUCCACCGACGAAAUAUGAUAAUUUGUGUUUGCGCGGAU